AUGUCUGACUUCAAUACUACGGACUUCGCUGCGCAGAUGCGAGGCUUUCAAGCCUCGGACGACGCACGCCAGAAACUCUUUGCGGAUAUGCUCGAGAAGUAUACUAGCUUGCUCGAAGAGUACAAUACUUUGAACAACGACUAUGCCUCCGAGAAGGAAAUAAGGCGGACCUAUCAGCAGUCGGUAAUUCAGAUGCAGCGCGAGGUCAAGGAGAUCAGACGCGAAUGGCAAGAUCACUCAUUUGUCCUAGCAUUAAUUGACGGAGAUGGGGUUAUCUUUCAAGACGCGUUGCUGCGAGCAGCCGGGAGCGAUGGCGGCUCUGAAGCUGCUUCUAAGCUUCAGCAUGCCAUACGCGACCACAUUACCACCUUAUAUGGCAACUCUGGAAAUUGGCCUAUCAUGGUACAAAUCUAUGUCAGCCUCGACAAGCUGGCGCACAAGCUCGCGUCCGUCGGUUUGAUCGAUAAGCCGUCUGACUUGCGAACGUUUGCACAAGGCUUUUCACUCAAUCAGUCCCUUUUUUCUAUUGUUGAUGUAGGUCAUGGUAAGGAACGUGCAGACCACAAGAUCAAAGAAAUGCUCCGAACUUUCAGUGAUAAUCCAACUUGCCGGCAUAUCAUCUUUGGAGGUUGCCAUGAUGCAGGCUACCUUCUUAACCUUGAUCAGUAUAAGCACCAUGCUCAUAAAGCCACACGUAUUACGCUUCUUGAGUCGACACCUGCCUGGAGGGGAUUCGCUGAGCUGCCCAACUUCCGGCGAAUGCGCUUUGACGACGUCUUCAGAAAUACAGAGCUGCCAGAGUAUGGCUAUACCCUGCCUCGUUCCUACGCACCAAUUCAGCCCAAUAUCUCCGCACCAAUGCAGCAGUCAGUUUCUGCAUCUGUUCAGCCUAUCGCUAGGGCGAUGACAGAGCCCACUCCACCGCCUGGUUUCACUAACCCUCCCCCCGGCUUCCCGUUUGGCCCACCCGGCUUCCUAGCUAGCAACAGCCCGCGUGAUACACCCACUAUAUCAUCACCUGCAACGACUGCAUCUUCCCUGGCAGCGACUAACCCUACGCCCGAGCCCACCGACUCCUCGUCCUGGGCCGCUGUCGGUAAGAAGAACGGCGUGUCACCUACUGAGAAAAUAUCCAUCGCACCUAAAUCUAAGUCCAAGUCCAACAAGAAAUGGGCAUACUACAAUAAAGAAGAACAGCGCCUGGAUGAGCCUCUACCGCCGAAAGAUAAGGCUGCGUAUGAGGCCAUCGAAGCGCGCAUGAAACGAUCUGGGAAGAACUUGUGCAACCAUUGGCACCUCAAUAAUGGCAAGUGUACCAACGGUGCCAACUGCCACUUCCAGCAUGAGCCUAAGCUCUCGCCUGCGGGUUUGAUCGCCCUACGGUAUAAGACCAGAAGUCUGCCUUGCAAAGACCGCUAUUGUCAGAACAUCAGCUGCUACCUGGGCCACCAAUGCUCGUUCGAGCGAGACCAAGGCUGGUGCCCGUUCCCUGAUACUUGCAACCUGCGAUACACGCACGACAUGGAUAAAGUCAAGGCCACGCGUUGGGACGAGUAUGGGGACAUGGAGGAAUUGUGA